AUGAAACCCAAUUGUGUCCACAGCCUUAUCUCUGCCUGUCUGCACUGCACUUCCUCAUCACGCUGCUCCAGGACCGUUGCGCUUAUCAUCUGCAUCCUGCAUCCUGCAUCCUCAUUCUCUUUUUUUUUCAUGUCCCUUUGCAUCUCUUGAUCCCAGCAGUUAAAGGUCCAGGUACCAUUACAUGAGCAACGACUUUCACUAUGAUACUGGACCUGUAGGUCAUAGAUCAUCAGAAGAAGCACCAUUGACCUCAACAUCAACCCUCACGACUGAGGCCACGCGAGACAUUCACUACUCAAACCCUAUCCAUGUUGUCACACCCCAUUCCCCGCUCGGAGGCCGCGUACGGUGGGCAAUCCUCGCCGCGGCCUGCCUCGUAAUGUUUGGCAAUUACUACGCCUUUGACAAUCCGGCCUCGCUCAACCAACCUCUACAGGAAUACAUGCAGAUGUCAGACGAGACCUACGCCUACUUCCUCAACAUUCUCUAUACAUCCUACUCACUGCCAAAUAUUGUCCUGCCCUGGCUUGGUGGGUACGCUUCGGACAAGUUUGGCCAUCGGAAGCUGCUCCUGUUCCUGUCGGCCAUGGUCGCCUUUGGACAUCUGGUCGUCUGUCUUGGAGUCGAGAGGCGUCACGUCCCAGCCAUGAUCCUUGGAAGGGUGCUCUUUGGGGCCGGAGAGAGUCUUGCCGUUGCCCAGUCUGCGAUCACAGUCAAGUACUUUCGGGGAAAAGAACUUGCAAUGGCCUUGGGAAUCAAUCUCUGUAUCUCUCGAUUGGGGAGUGUUCUGAACGAUGUGCUCACGCCUUAUAUCUGGUCACAGUCGUCUGUUCCCACCGCCUUCUGGGGUGGCUUUGUGUCCUGCGUUCUCUCCUUCAUGACCGCAUGCGCCUUGGUGUGGAUGGAUCGUCGCUACGGAUCGACUGUUGCGUCAGGGUUCUCUCGCCUACCUUCGCAUCACGGUGGUACAAGGUUCUCGAUCGAUACGCCUCGACAUUCAUUCGACCACAGUGCAGUUGACGUAGCUGUGGUAGGACGUUAUGACCCUCCUUCAUUAGGCAAGACGCGUAAGUCAUAUGCGGACGAGGAGAUCGACAUGGAAGUCCUGCAUGAUACCGGCAAUGCCCUUGGGUCCAGCGCCCGGGUCUUGAGUCGGGAACGUAAAAGAACCAUGGGAGACUCGGAUUUUAUUACAGCCAAUGGGGAACUGAACAGGACCUCUCGCCAAGGUGAUGACGAUAGUCAGGAUGACAGUGAUGGAGAUGGGGAUGAUUUGGUCGUGUACAAAGACAUGACAGCCAGCAGUUCGCCGUUUGGACAAUGUCUCGCGCUUGCAUUGGCUGUAUUCGACUACUCGCAGUCGUUCUGGGUGCUCUUCGUCAUGACUUUCCUUCUCAUCGGAGUCCAAGUGCCGUUCAACAGCAUCCACGCGGGAUUUCUACAGAUGAGGUGGUACCACAAUGACCCUCAAAAAGCUGCCCAGAUUAUGACGGUUCCUGAUUUGCUCUCUGCGGUCCUGGUGCUUCCGGUCGGCUAUUUUGUGGAUCACUAUGGUCAAAAGUCAUGGCUCUUCAUGUUGUGUGGACUCAUCAUCGGAUUCUCGCACUUUGUUCUGGGUCUGAUUCCUAUCUCGAGCCCAGUCCCUGCGCUCAUGGCCUUGGGUAUAUCCUCCGCCAUCGGCGCUAUCAUUACGAGUGCCAUUCCAAUUCUGGUCAAAAGCCAUCAGAUUGCGACAGCGUAGUAAGUGUUUGAGGGGGGGGGGGAAGGGGUUUAACCAACGCUUUCUCCCUUCAAUGCCACUGCGUAGGAAAUAUUAAUUCUGACAUAUUUUUUUUUUGGCUGUCAUCUUACAUUGAUAUCUAGUGGAAUAUCCUCCUCUGCGAUGA